CAUUCUCUGUGCAAGUUACUUUCGGUGAUUUUACAUUUGAAUUUCAUUAUAAGAAUUAAGAAUAGUGCUUGCGUGUAGUUUGUUUCAAUUAACUUGUUAAUAAAUAUCUUCAUUCCGAUCCAACAUUUAUAAAUUGUUUAAUCCAAAUAAGAUGAUGAAAUUUUUAUUUUUGAUCGUUUUUCUCGUCGGUGCGAGUGUACAAGACGAUAUCAACACUACUGAUGACAGUGAAUAUCUUUACAAGGCCAUUAAAUCAGGCAAAGUAGAUGAAGUCACAUCUCUAAUUGAUAAUGGUACAAAUGUGAAUGCGUUUGAACAUUCUCGAUUCACACCACUCCAAUUGGCUGUUGCUAAAGGUCAGACGGAGAUAGUUAAAAUUCUUAUCGAACAUGGAGCUGAUGUGAAUGAUGUGAAUGUGGAAAAUCAAACUCUACUUCAUAUAGCAGCAAUGUUCGAUAAUUUGGAAAUAUGCAAAAUCCUAAUCACAAAUGGAACAAACUUGCAUGCUGAAGACUACAGAAAGAAUACCCCACUCCAUACCGCCGCUGUCUAUGGUUCAAAUGAAACGGUUGAAUAUUUAAUUGCACAGGGAGCCAAUAUAACUGCCGAAGCUGUUCAAAAAAUGACACCUUUACAUGCGGCUGCCAUGGCUGGGAAUUUGAACACUUGCAAAACUCUAAUUGCACAUGGAGCGGACGUAAAUGCAAGAAACGAAGCAAAUUUAACAUGUUUACAUUGGGCAGCUAUGCUUGGUACAAAGGAAUUAACUGAAUAUCUGAUCACACAAGGAGCUAAUGUCAAUUCUAUUGAUAAACGCCUGGUUACGCCUCUCCAUUUGGCUUACUAUACAAGCAAUGAAGAAGUGCAAAAGGUCUUGAUUGCUCACCAUGCAGAUGAAAAUGCAAAAAACAUUGAUAAUAAUACACCACGUGAAAGCUAUCGUAAGAUAGGAAAAAGGAUGAAAACCGUAAUUAUUGACGCCAUAAAUGAAAGGAAGAGAAUUUUCACGGUCCUGUAGGAAAUCCAACGAAGAAUUUAUUGAUCGAUCAUGACGCUGAUGUAAAUGAAUGCCAAAAAUAUUGAUGAUAAGAUACCGAGUUAAAUAGGUACUCUUAGUACCACAUGCACUUUUAAAAAGUAGUUUUGCAAUAAAAAAAAUGGUUUACUUUCAUUUUCUGGAUAAAGACUCCGAUUUACCGCUAAAUUUUUGACUUUUUCGCCAUUAUUAUGAAUCUUAACAUGCAAAUGUAUAAAAUAUUAA